UAUGCGUGUAUCUGUGCGUGUGUGUGUGUGUGUGCGUGUGUGGAUACAGUGUGAGUGUAACGUGAAAUAUGUGUCGUCACGGCUAGCAAGCUGUAGCCGAGCAGCAGCCUCAUCAGAGCGGGGAAGCUCUCAGGUCAAACCCGCGCUGCAGCAGCUGGACGGAUGGAUCAGUGCGGGUGAUGACUGAUCAGUGAGGAUGAGGAGCCGCAGUAACUCAGGAGUGAGGUUGGAUGCCUAUGCCAGGCUGGUCCAAGAGACUAUCCUGUGCCACCAGAACCCAGUGACAGGACUUCUGCCUGCCAGUGCCCAGAAGAAGGAUGCCUGGGUGAGGGACAAUGUGUACAGUGUCCUGGCUGUGUGGGGGCUGGGCAUGGCCUACCGCAAGAACGCAGACCGCGAUGAAGACAAGGCCAAGGCCUACGAGCUGGAGCAGAGUGUGGUAAAGCUGAUGCAGGGACUUCUGCAGUGCAUGAUGAGACAGGUGGCCAAGGUGGAGAAGUUCAAACAGACCCAGAGUACAAAGGAUUGCUUGCAUGCCAAAUAUGAUACUCCAACCUGUGCCACGGUGGUCGGGGACGACCAGUGGGGCCAUCUCCAGGUGGAUGCCACAUCCAUUUACCUGCUGAUGCUGGCACAGAUGACAGCCUCAGGUCUUCGCAUCAUCUCAAACCUGGAUGAGGUGGUCUUUAUCCAAAACCUGGUCUUCUACAUAGAGGCUGCCUACAAAGUGGCGGAUUAUGGGAUGUGGGAACGAGGUGACAAGACCAAUCAAGGCAUCCCCGAGCUCAAUGGCAGCUCUGUAGGAAUUGCUAAGGCCGCUCUGGAGGCCAUAGAUGAGCUGGAUCUUUUUGGUGCCCAUGGAGGGCCAAAGUCAGUCAUACAUGUUUUGCCUGAUGAAGUGGAACAUUGUCAGUCCAUCCUGUGCUCCAUGCUGCCAAGAGCUUCAACUUCAAAGGAGAUAGACGCCGGUCUUCUGUCUGUCAUUUCCUUUCCUGCCUUUGCUGUAGAGAAUGCUGAGCUGGUGGCCAUUACUAAGUCGGAAAUCAUAACAAAACUGCAGGGUCGCUAUGGCUGCUGCCGCUUCAUCAGGGAUGGAUAUCGUUGUCCAAAAGAGGACCCAUCUCGGCUGCACUACGAUCCUGCAGAGCUGAAGUUGUUUGAGAACAUUGAAUGUGAGUGGCCCGUGUUCUGGACCUACCUCAUCCUUGACGGUAUCUUUACUGGAGAUCAAGUGCAGGUACAGGAGUACCGUGAGGCACUGGAAGGUGUUUUGAUCAGAGGGAAGAAUGGCAUCAAACUGUUGCCUGAACUUUAUGCUGUACCUCCUGACAAGGUGGAGGAGGAGUACAGCAAUCCUCACUCAGUGGACAGAGUGGCCAUGGGGCAGCUGCCUCACAUGUGGGGACAGUCGCUCUACAUCUUGAGCUGUCUUCUGGCCGAGGGUUUUUUAGCACCAGGAGAAAUAGAUCCUCUCAACAGGAGAUUCUCGACAAACUUAAAGCCAGAUGUUGUGGUACAAGUUUGUGUUCUAGCAGAAUCGGAGGAGAUCCGGCAGUUGUUAAGUGAUCAUGGGAUCAUGGUCCAGACAAUGUCAGAAGUUUUGCCUAUGAGGGUCAUGCCUGCUCGCAUCCUGAGCCAUGUUUAUGUCAGAUUGGGGAACUGCAAGAAACUCAAUUUGAGCGGGAGGCCCUACAGACACAUUGGAGUUUUGGGAACAUCCAAAUUCUACGAGAUCAGAAAUCGCACUUACAUAUUCACCCCCCAGUUUCUGGAUCAGCACCAUUUCUACCUGGCACUGGACAACCAGAUGAUUGUGGAGAUGUUACGAACAGAGCUGGCCUAUCUCUCCUGUUGCUGGAGGAUGACAGGACGGCCUACACUCACUUUCCCCAUCACCCACAGCAUGCUGGUUGAUGAUGGAGAUGGAAUUGAUUCGUGUAUCCUAGCGACCCUCCGAAAACUACAAGAUGGCUACUUUGCUGGAGCGAGGGUGCAGAUGUCAGACCUAUCCAGUGUCCAGACCACUUCCUUUCACACUCACCUCAGCUUCCUGGAUGAAGAGAAGGAUGACAGCUUACUCGAGGAUGAAGAGGAUAAUGAUGAAUAUGGAGAGGAAUAUUACAACUGUAGGCCCUCAGAGGGCUCUGAAGACAUGUUUGACCAAUACCUCACACAGCUCCUCCACAGCACCAAUACCACGUCCCAUCUUCCUCCCAUCCAGAGUGGGCAGCACCAUGUCUUCAGUGCAGAACACAGCACCAGAGACAUCCUGUCUUUUAUGGCCCAGGUUCAGGGCCUGAACAUGCCCAAGUCUUCUAUGUAUCUACCUGUGACUCCUGUUAGGAACAAACGCCGCAAAGGUCUCAACUUACUUGAUGUUUCUCCUCAGUCUCAGCAUGGCCCACAUGUAAAGCCGCACAAGUCUGACAGUGCUGCUGACUUGCACCUGCCUCGAGACUCCCAGGGCAACACCGAUUUUGCAGCGUUGGUGAAGCAGCUGAAAGAGUGUCCGACCCUGCAAGACCAGGCUGACAUACUCUACAUUCUUUACGUAAUGAAAGGGGCUGAUUGGCUGGUGGAGUUGUCAGUUCCUGGGCAGGGCGGAGUCAGCGUGCGUUCCCUGCUGGAGGAGCUGUAUGUACAAGCUGGAGCCUGCAAAGAGUGGGGACUCAUCAGAUACAUCUCUGGGAUACUACGCAAAAGAGUGGAAGUCCUCGCUGAGGCCUGCACAGAUCUUAUUUCCCAUAACAAGCAGCUGACUGUAGGUCUACCUCCUGAGCCCAGGGAAAGAGUCAUCACAGUUCCACUCCCUCCUGAGGAGUUGAACACUCUCAUCUAUGAAGCCAGUGGUCAGGACAUCAGUGUAGCUGUACUCACGCAGGAAAUCAUGGUCUAUCUAGCCAUGUACAUGCGCUCCCAGCCCGCUCUCAUUGGGGACAUGCUCCGGCUCAGGAUUGGACUCAUCAUGCAAGUGAUGGCCACAGAGCUGGCUCGCAGUCUGCACUGUUCUGGGGAGGAGGCAUCUGAAAGUUUGAUGAGCCUGAGUCCUUUUGGCAUGAAAAACCUGCUGCAUCACAUCCUCAGUGGCAAAGAGUUUGGGGUGGAGAGGAGCAUGCGCCCAAUCCAGUCAACAGCCACUAGUCCUGCCAUCUCCAUCCAUGAACUCGGCCACACUGGAGCCACAAAGACUGAACGCACAGGAAUACAAAAGCUGAAGAGUGAGAUUAAACAGCUGGAUGACUCUCGGCCUCUCAGUAUCUUCAGCGGCGGUCUUUCCUUGAGUAGCAAUGUCACUUCUCCUCGCUCCACGCGCUGCAGUAGCCCCUCCACCCCCAGUGGGAUCCUGUCCCCUGUGGGCCCCGGUCCAGGAGAUGGACAGCUGCACUGGGAGGAGAGGCAAGGCCAGUGGCUGAGGCGACGCAGGCUGGAUGGAGCUAUCAACAGAGUACCAGUUGGUUUCUACCAGAAGGUCUGGAAGAUCCUUCAGAAGUGCCAUGGCCUAUCCAUCGACGGAUAUGUGUUGCCUUCGUCUACUACAAGAGAGAUGACAGAGGGAGAGAUUAAGUUUGCGGUGCAAGUGGAGUCUGUCCUAAACCAUGUCCCUCAACCAGAGUACCGGCAGCUACUAGUGGAGACUGUGAUGGUUCUUGGCCUGGUAGCUGACGUGGACGUGGACAGCAUUGGUAGUAUUAUACACGUGGACCGCAUCCUGCAUCUGGCCAAUGACCUCUUCCUCAGCGACCAGAAAUCCCACAGUGCCAGCGAUUACUUCCUUGAGAAGGACCCAGCGACCGGAAUCUGCAACUUUUUCUACGAUAGCGCUCCCAGUGGCAGCUAUGGCACCAUGACCUACUUGUCCAAGGCAACGAUCACUUAUGUCCAAGACUUCCUGCCAAGCUCCAGCUGCCUGAUGCAGUGAAACAGUAAACUGAACAUGUGAAGAGACAUGUUUUAUUAUAAGUAAAGUAUCACCUAGUUAAAGGCAGCAAAGCUUCUUAUUGUCAGCUGAUACAGUCCAUGUGGUGCUUUUGAGUAGUCAGUCCUUGACUCUGUAGCUAUCAUACACUGAUGUUACCUCAUAGCUUGGCAGCUGAUUUCAAACAACAGUAAUUAUUUUUUUCUUUGUCAAAUCUGUACUGUGAACUUAUUUAUUGCUUAAACAUGCUUCUCAAAUGUGUGUUUACAGGACUUAAUAACAAACGUGCAAACAGUAUAUGUAAAUUUGCACAGCUCUGUGCUCUUGUGCUCUUCGUGUUGUGUGUGUGAGAAUAU